CCCGCACCUCAUCACCGCACACUCUCCUUGCCCUGCUCUCGACUCAUUCCGCUUACGACCCAGCGUCCCUGUGCGCGCCUCACGACCCCCACGACCUGCGGCGUGCUCCGCCUCAGCCCCACGCUGCGCCCGUCGCCCUGCAUCUCGAACGCCACGCCGCGCCGCCGCCGGGUGCCGCCGCGCCCGCGCCAUGAAGCGCUUCUUCGGCCGCUUCUCCACAGCCGGCGGCGGCACAGGCCCGUCGGAGAAGGGCCUCGACGGCUCCUCGGCGGCCUUCUCGCCGCGCGAUCGCGUCGGCUCGGGCGACCGCGUCAAGGCGCUCGCGGCAAAGUGGGAGGGCCUCAACGAGGCCUCGCCGGCGCCGGUCAAUGCAGUCUCUGCGCCGGCCACAGUACGUCGACCGCGCAAGACUGCGCCGGCAGAGACUUCUCGUGGCGAGGCGCCUCAGCCCGCGCAGGCCCAUGCCGAGCUUGCUGCGUCGUCGCGCGUUGCGGCCGCCGGGCAGCCGAGUUCCAGCGCACCACCGGCAGCUACGCCCGAGAGCCAGAGCUCUGCCCGCUCGCCGCCCGAGGCGCCCAGAGAAGCCAGCGGCGGCAGAGACGCAGAGGCUGCUGCGGUGAAACGGCAGGGCGUGCUGGGCCUCGGCAUUGGCCUGGGCCACCUCGAGGCGCCGCGAGACGAUGCGGGAAGCAGGGACGCCAGCGGCUCGAGCACGGGCGGCAAGAGCGUGGCCUUUGCGCCCUCGCCGAAGAAGGCCGUGCGCUCCUCGUCGCCUCCGCGGCAUGCUGCGUCCGACGAGCUGCCCGUGUCCAACUUCGCCAAGCCCACGCUGGCAAGCGCCGCGCGAGCUCGCAUCGUGUCGAAGCCAAGCUCCUCCGACGGCAUCGGCGCCAGCAGCAGUGCAACGACACUGAGCACACCCGGCGCCAAGGGCCCGUCGACGGCUGGUCCGCAGCGGCCGCGCCGCACGAACUCGACGUCUGGCCGGCGGGGCACUCCGGGCGAGCCUGACGGCACGCCAGACAUUUCGCGGCCCAGCAUCGCACACGCUGCCGCCUCAAGCACACACAGUUUAUCGCACGAUGGCCUGCCCAACUCGAUUCCGUUUGUCUCUGCGCACUCGGGCCUGGGCACCUACCGCACCGGCAGUCCGCUGAGCCUGUCAGGAUCCGGCGCGCCAGCGUCGCGCAGGGGCAGCGGCUUCAUGCGGCACGCUGCGGAUGGCCCGAGCUGGACCAGCGCAGGGCACAGCGUUGCCGGGCCAAGCUGGGCGAGCGACGGCGCGGGCUCGGGCGCUCGGAGCUUCGGCGCGCCAAGCUGGAGCGAGAUGACCGAGGGCGACCUAGUGUCCAACCUUGGGCCGCGCGAGCGCACGCGGCAGGAGGUGUUGUGGGAGAUUGUCGCCAGCGAGGAGCGCUACGUGGCGGAGCUGGAGAAGACAAAGGAGCUGUACCUCGAUGCGCUGCUGCACCCCUUGCGUUUCUCGCCGUCGACAUCGCCGCAUCCACCGGCCGCGCCGUCGACCGCUCCGAACGAGACACCGAGCCGCGGUCGUCUGAGCGCAGCCGCGUCGGCAGCAGCAGGCAGCUCGUCAGACCUGCCCAUUGCCUCGCGCUUCAUGUCCACCGCCGGCAGCUCCGACGGCCACUCGACGCCAAAUGCGGCCGCGCUGGCGCAGGCGCAGGCCCAGCUGGACGCCGGCCCGCAUAGCCCGUACGCCGCCGGCAUGGGCCACUCGUCUGCGCCGCACAGCCGCCGCGCCAGCGUCGUCCAUGCGCGACCGAGCGCCAGCCGGACGAGUCUUGCCCAGGGUCUCGGCAUCGGCAGCACCGCACGCAACCCUCCGCAGAAGCCUGCGCCGAGCGCUUCGACGCGGCCAAACGCCAAGCGCUGGUCAUCUCGAGCCGCCUCGCAGGUCGGCUACGCUGACACUGGACUUUCCGUCCCGCUGCCGGCGUCGCUGCGCAUCGUGCUCGAGUCGCUCUUCGACGGCCUGCUCGAGGGCCACGCGCUGCUCUCCGAGGCGCUCAAGGCGCGCUACGAGGAGCAGUACCCGCUCGUGCGGAGCCUCGCCGAUGUCUUUCUGAAGUACCAGUACAUCCUCAAGCACUACGCGCUCUACGUGUGCCACCUCGAGCGUGCUCUCGACGAGCUCGAGGAGGCGUCGCUCAUGGAGCGGGCGAUGCGCGGCAAGCGCAUCAAGCGCGAGCGCCUGACGCAGACGGUCGGCCUCGGGCGCGCCGUGGCAUCGCUCGAGGCUGCUGCCGCGGAGCGCGGCGAGUGCGGCCUCUCCAUCUUUCUCUCGAUGCCCUUUCAGCGCCUCCUCAAAUACCCACUGCUCUUUCAGAACCUCCUCUUCCACACGGAUCCAUCCAUGUACGAGUUCGAGAACACCGUCGGCAUGGUCGUCGACGUCGAGCGCAUCGUGCGCUCCAUCGAGGACGAAAAGACGAACAGCGAGGAGCGCGACCGGCUGCGCGACGCCUUUGCGCGCAUCGACGGCAUCACCGACCGCCAGGUGCUGCGGCCGCGCGCCGACCGCCUGCUGAUCGAGGAGUAUGCGCUGUACGAUGAGAGUCCGCGGCGGGCGCUCUCCGAGUCUGCUCCCAUCGAAGGGCGCAAUAGCUCGGACUCGGCCCCGAAUGUGCGAGGCACUGGCGCCGCCGCUUCUGCCACGCCCGGCCUGCGCGCCGCAAUCAAGAGCAAGCGCUCGUACCGCCGCCUCUCGGACUUUCUCACCAACGACACGGCCACCAAGACGCCGAACAUGGGCAGCAAGCGCGACGUCUGGAUCGUGCGCUUCUCCGACGUCGAGCUGCGCUGCCAGCGCGUCGGUGUCACCGCGCUGCCGAUGGCGAGCUCCGCAGUACUGACUGCGCCGGACGCCGACAGCAAGGCCGGCGCGGCUCCGGCAGCUGGCGACAGCACUGCUACCCCGGACGACUCCGAGAGCGCAGGCGACUUUGCCGCGCGCAGCAAGGAGAGCAAGGAGCGUCUCAAGGCGCUGCGCAACACGACGCUGCGCGCCAAGACGCGCAACCUGUACAAGUUCGUCGGCGUCGUCGCGUGGCGCAAGGCGCAGGCCGCCGACGGCGCCGACGACGUUGACCCGAACAGCCUGCUCGAGGCCGACGGCGACGAGUGCGAAGAGGACGACGAUGCCAGCUCAAAUGCCAGCGAGGAGACAGAGGCCGGCGUCCUGCUCGACACGGAGCGCUACGUGCGGCAGAGCACGCUGAGCUUCAGCUACACGGGCGACAGCGUGCUGCCGCGGCCGGUGCCUAUCCGCGCGUCGACGAGCGUGUCGCAGCACGGCCACUCGCCCUCCGUCACGGCGUUCCGCGUCUCGCGCAGCGCCGCCAGCGUCAACCGCGGCAUCGGCCGCAACGGCUCGCCCAAGCCUCGCCCGGCGCAGGAGUCCGAGGCGUCGGUCGUGUCGCAGUCGCAUGCGCAGCCGCGGCGCGACAAGUUUGGCGCGCGCCUGCGCUCCGAGCAGCUGCAGCAGGCCGGCCCCGGCGGCGCCGCAUGGACGUCGUACGGCACGGCCUCGUCGGCCUCGUCGCACCAGGCUCAGCGGCGGCUCAGCUCGCGCAUGCAGGCCCUGCCCGGCAGCGGCGCGCCCUCGUCCUCUUCGCACGACGCCGUGUCGGCGCACCGUGCCGCUGCGUCUUCGAGCGAGGACGCCGCUGCGGCACGCCCGCCGCUCACGCGCGACCUGUCCAGCGUCAACUCGGACAUGCAGCUUGCGUCCCGGCUGAUGGAUCUGUAGCGCCGCCGAACCUCCUGACCCCUCCCUCAUUUACCCCUAUUCACCGUAUUCCCGGCCGCCUGCGGGCGCCCUGCACGCUCACUCCACAAUGCUGCGCCUAAUCGAU